GGCGGAAUGGUUCUUCAAACAAAUAUGACCGACAUAUUAGCACGAAUAGAAGAACAGAAUAAACUAGUCAAGCAAGAAGCUGGUAUUUCGGCAGCUCCUGCCCGAGCUGUAAGCGCAGUCAAAAGUAUGAACAUUCCACAACAAAUUAAAGAUAUUAAGCUCCCCGAUUUACCUCAGGCAAUCAAGGAUUUGAAGUUCUGACCGGGUCAAAAUUCAGCCUCAGAAAUUUUGGACUCUUAUUUUACCAGCAAUUUAUCAUCAUCAUCGAUUAGUUCCGCAACGUUUGCUGCUUUGUCAACUACAGAGGCAGAUUAUUAUACAUUUCUGCGUCAAAGUACUUAUGAGCUCAUUGAUGACGAAAGCAGCAGUUUUUCUACUUCUAACUUUGCUUCCCCAACUAAUUGCAAUUCCGAUUACUACCAAAGGGAAACUGGAAUCGAAGUUUAUUCUACAAAUCUAAAUAAGCAAAUAGAGGAUUCUGUACCGAUUGAUAGUGUAAUGAGUUCCAGCUUAGGAGUGGAGGCCAGCAUUAAGUUGGUAAAACAGUCAUUU